UGGAGAAGGGGCUAAACUCGGAGCGCACGUCUCCCUCCGCCGCCGCUGCGCGCACGCGUCUCACAGCAAAAGUGAAGUGAAGACGCUACUUCGCUUCCUGCCCACAGUCCAAAAAGCAGACAUCCACUCAGCAGCAGCAGCUGAGCAUCAUCAGCAGCAGCAUCAGCAUCACUCCCUCUCCUUCUUCUCCUGCUGCUGCCUCGGAGCCAAAAAACUGCUCGCGUCCCUGGCCUCCUGCGGGAACUUGCCCUGCUGCCGGAGCUCAUCCAGCACGGAGGAGGAGGAGGAGGAGGCUGAGAGAGGAGGAGGAGGAAGAGGAGGAGGAGGCACCGGAGCUCUGGAGCGCCGUCACCAUCGCCACUAUAGCGCAUACACCCGUGGACACAGCUACACGCGUCGGGAUGGGCGCGCUGACAAAAGGACGUUACCUCUCCAUCACGGGUCUCCUGCUGCUCCUGCUUUGUUUCUCGGCGCCAGUGAUCUCCAAAGGUGCUGCGGGUGUUGCUCAGCCUGAGGCCCUUCCUUCAGUGCAGGGAACGCUGCCGCACUUCAUCCAGGAGCCGGAGGAUGCCUACAUCGUCAAGAGCAACCCCAUCAAGCUGCGCUGUCGAGCCACGCCUGCCUUACAGAUCUUCUUCAAGUGCAAUGGGGAAUGGGUGCACCAGAACGAGCACUUCUCCCAGGAGUACAAGGACCUCAACACCGGGCUGAGGGUGCGUGAGGUGAUGAUCAAUGUUUCCCGUCAGCAGGUGGAGGAUUUCCAUGGCCCUGAAGAUUACUGGUGUCUUUGCGUGGCCUGGAGCCACUUGGGUACAUCAAAGAGUCGCAAGGCUACGGUCCGCAUUGCCUACCUGAGGAAAAACUUUGAGCAGGACCCACAGGGGAAGGAGGUGCCAAUCAAUGGGAUGAUCGUUCUGCACUGUCGCCCUCCGGAGGGAGUGCCCAUGGCGGAGGUGGAAUGGCUAAAAAACGAAGAGCCGCUGAGCGCGCUGACCGAUGACAACAUCGACACCCGAGCCGACCACAACCUCAUCAUCAACGAGGCGCGUCUGUCUGACUCGGGGAACUACACAUGUAUGGCCAGCAACAUUGUGGCAAAGCGACGCAGCGCCAGUGCCUCUGUGAUCGUCUUUGUGAACGGCGGCUGGUCCCUGUGGACGGAGUGGUCGUCCUGCAACGUGCCGUGUGGGCGCGGCAUCCAGAAGCGAUCUCGGACCUGCACCAACCCGGCGCCGCUGAACGGCGGCGCUUUCUGCGAGGGAAUGUCCGUGCAGAAGAUCACCUGCAACGCCCUGUGUCCAAUUGACGGCGGCUGGGACGAGUGGAGCGAAUGGACCGUGUGCAGCAGCCAGUGUGACAGACAGCGGAGUCGCGAGUGCGACUCCCCGGCGCCGAAACACCGAGGCAGGAUGUGCGAGGGGAGCGGCAAAUCCACGGAGAACUGCACGGACGGACUGUGCACCCAAAAUCGAAAGCUGAUACAUGACGUUAAACCUCAAAGUAUGGACAGCUCUAACGACGUGGCUCUGUACUCGGGCCUGGGAGCCGGCAUCAUCGCCGUGGUGAUCCUCGUCGUGGCCGUCAUGCUGUACAGGAAGAACCACAGCGAGUACGGCGUGGACGUCAUCGACUCCUCCGCGCUCACGGGUGGUUUCCAGUCCUUCAACUUCAAGACCACCAGACAAGGAAACCCGCUGCUUCUCAACUCGUCCAUGCAGCCGGACCUGACAGUGGGACGGACGUACAGCACCCCCCUCUGCUUCCACGACAGCUCGGAUAAGGAGCUCUUCGACCCGCUGCCCGACAUCAAGGUCAAGGUCCAGAGCUCCUUCAUGGUCUCGCUCGCCGUGGCCGACCGGGCCGAGUUCCACGCAAAGGGCCCCGCCGAGACCUUCCCGCGGGACGUGACCCGGGACUACUGCGGCAGCACCCUGGACAGACGCAAGAAGGGCCUGCUCACUCUCAACGGGCCCUUCCACGCCAGCAAAGAGCAGCUGAGGACCUCGGGCUUGUUUGGACACCCGGGAGGACGACUGGUGGUGCCCAACACCGGGGUCGGGCUGCUGGUGCCUCACGGAGCCGUGGCUGAAAAUCUGUCCUGGGAGAUGUACAUGGUGAUCAAUCAGGGAGAAGCAAGUGUCCAAACGCUGGAAGGCUGUGAAAUACUUCUCGGCCCAGAGGUGACAUACGGUCCUCCGGGCCUGGACCUCUUCUGCCCAGUGGCCAUGACCAUCCCUCACUGCGCUGAGGUGGACGCCGAGAACUGGAACAUCCAGCUCAAGAGGAAAACCCAGGACAGCAAAUGGGAGGAUGUGAUGUCAGUGGAGGAGGAGUCGAUUUCCUGUUACUGCCUGAUGGACUCGUCCAGCUGCCACCUGCUGCUGGACCAGCCGGGCUCGUACACCCUGGUGGGCGAGCCGCUGACGCAGGCUGCCGUGAAGAGGCUAAAGCUGGCGGUGUUCGGGAGCAUGGACGCAGGCUCCAUGAGCUACAGCCUACGGGUUUACUGUGUGGACGACACGCCGCAUGCCUUUCAGGGAGUGGUGGCUGCAGAGAAAACCAGAGGGGGUCAGCUCCUCGAGGAGCCAAAGAUGUUGCCUUUCCGAGCGAACACCUUCAGCCUGCAGGUGUCCAUCCAGGAUGUUCCCCAGUUCCUGUGGAGCAUCAAACCCUUUACCACAUGUCAGGAAUUCUCCUUCCCCCAAGUGUGGUGCAGCAACCAGCAGCCCCUGCACUGUGCCUUCUCUCUGGAGAGAUACAGCCCCGCCACCACGCAGCUCUCCUGCAAAAUCAGCGUACGCCAGGUCAAAGGCCACGAGCAGAUCCUGCAGGUCUACACGGCCGUGGACGAGACUGAAAAGGAGUCAGUUCCAUUUUUUAUGCAGACAGACUGCACCGUCACAUCCCAGACGGGGCCCAAGGCCUUCAAAAUCCCUCUGUCCAUCCGCCAGAGGAUCUGCGCCACCUUCGACACUGCCAACGCCAAGGGCAAGGACUGGCAACUCUUAGCCCAGAAACUCCACUUAGAUCGAAACCUGGGUUAUUUUGCCAAGCAGCGGAGUCCAUCUGCAGUCAUACUGAGCCUGUGGGAGGCUCGCCACCAGGACACUGCUGACCUUGACUCUCUUGCCAGCGCCUUGGAGGAGAUUGGCAAGAUCCACUCCAAAAGCUCCCCUAAGGACCAGGAUGAGCCGGAGUCGGACUUCAAUCACAUACAGGCGGGCAGCCUGUGUGGAAAACUGACAAACGAGACGACGGACGACUCUGCUCCCGAAUACACAGGCUGAGGAACCGGGGGAGAAGACAAAGUGCAGAGUGACAAACAUGUGUCUGUGUACGCACACAGCCCGGGGAUGGACAACACACUGUGGUCCGCUGGAAGGUCGUGAGGUUGUCGGUGAGUAGACGGCGGCGAGCGGCCGACCAAUCACAGCAGGUCGAGGCGAGCCGAUGCCUGCUGUGCAUCAAACCCGCCCCCUCUCUCUCUCUUUGAAGAAUCUGUCUGAGGAUGGGCUAUUUUUUUUUUUUGUCUCUGCAUUUUUAAUUUCCGUGUUUGAAGUUAAAGCUUUUUCCCACUCUACAUCCAUGUCCAGCUCAGAGGGUGAGAGGGCGAGAGGGCGAGAGGGCGAGGGAGGAGGGGUUUCCGUCUUUUCAUGAAUCUGUGUCAGAAGCGACCGGAUCUCCUGCCUCCUCCUCUCUCCCCUUUUUUUCCCAGCAGUCCACACGACAGCUGGACACAUUUGCAUAAAAGUUCUCAUUAUAAGGUUUUUAAGAGUUUUUAAAGGUCCAGUGUGUAAGAUUUAGGUGAAAUAUAAAAUGAAUUAUGCAGAUGUUUUUUCACCUAAAUAUUAACCCUAUUAUGAUGGUGAAUCAGGAUUUAUUUAGAUUUUAUGGCUGUAGAAUUGUCAAAAAAAUGUUCAAUGAGUGAGUUCUUCUGCUUCCUUUUUUCCCCAAGAUAACUUUCACGUCCCAUAUCUGACAGUUAUUCAACCGUUUAGGAAUCACGGUACUGAGAAGCUGACGUCACAAAUGUGUGACGUGCCGGUGAAUAUCGUCUGCGAUUGUGACGGUCGUUCCCGCGGAAGUCCCGAGGUUCUACCAUAAUGACAAGUAUAUGGGUGCAAAUAGCUCUAUUUCUCUGCUUUCCAGUAUCCAUCCAUCCGUCUUCUACUGCUUUAUCUGCCACAUGAGGUUGCUGUGCCAAUCUCAGCUGACGAAUCGUCAGCCCAUAGAUUUUCUAGACAUCACAAAUGGUCUAGGAGUUACGGUAAUGAGAAGUACGCAUGCCAAAUCCUGU